GUUUCUCUCUGGGGGCGUGGCUUAUGGAUCCUAGCUUUCCCGCCGACGGUUGGCCACGUCACGUGACAUGGGUUGGAAGAUGGCGUCUCCCACAGACGGAACAGAUCUGGAAGCAUCUCUGCUAAGUUUUGAAAAACUUGACCGUGCCUCGCCAGACCUUUGGCCAGAACAAUUACCAGGUGUUGCUGAAUUCGCAGCUUCCUUUAAAAGUCCUAUUACUAGUUCUCCACCCAAAUGGAUGGCUGAAAUAGAACGUGAUGACAUUGACAUGUUGAAAGAACUGGGGAGCCUCACCACAGCUAAUUUGAUGGAGAAGGUACGGGGCCUGCAGAACUUGGCCUAUCAGCUGGGGCUAGAUGAGUAUUAUUCAUCUACUCUAAGGGUUGACAUUUACUUGACACCCUAAUCUGGUGUUUCGAUGUCUCAAUCCUCUUUCCUGCAUUAAUUGAGAGGAUGACAUGGAUGAAAAAUAAGCAGUAGGAACUGAUGAAUCCCCAAGGACCAGUGAUCCUGUUUUCAUGCAAAUAUCUGCACUGAUAAAGAUGAUGGAAAGAAAAAAAAUGCAAAAAAUAUUUGUCCUCAAAACAUGAUUGUUUGUCACUUCCCUAGGGCAUCGUUAAAUGUUAGUAUAGAAAUAAUGUGUACCUUCUAGGGUUGAUAGUAACUAGAUUGUGUCUUUUGGAAGAUGAACCAUGCCCUUUGAUUCGUUAUGUGAUUAUGUCUCAGAUAACCCUUUUGGUAUGGAGAUUUGGGAGUGUAGUAAUUUUUUGUGUAGGCAUUUAUAGCUUGUCAUGAUAGAAGUCCCUUGGCUUCAUUUGAGCAGUUAAUUUAUAUGAAAUUCUCAUGGAAUAUAUAGAAAUAUGAAAAAUUGUAAACUACCUUACCAUAUAAAGAAUUUAUUUCUCUUCUUUCUGAGUUCAGGAUCCCUCUUAUUUUGCUGGUACUAUUGCAGUCACCUAACCAGUCUCCCUACCUCUUAACCACUGCAUUCCAGGCCAUCUUGUUUACUCUUAAUCAGAUUAAUUUUUCUAACGUAUCACUUGUUUCUUUUGACUUUUGCUAUUAGUCUUUAGUAGUCCUUUACUGACCAUGUGGUCAAAUUCAUACUCUAGAACGGCAUUCAAAAUCCUUUUCACUCUGGUCCUAGCUUAAUGUCUAGUUUGCUUACUUUUUCUCUACCAAAACACCAUACACUGUUCCUGUUUGAAAUAGUCACUCUUCCUGAAACACUUGCCCUUCUUAAUUCUAUCCAUGCUAUUCCUUUUUCUCAGAAAACUCCCCCUGACCUAUUUCUAAUGUUAGAACUUUUAUUCGUCCUUCACUAUUUAGACCCAAAUUUACCCCUUUCAUUAGUCUUUCAUUCUCAUUCCUGAUCUGAAAAGUGAGCUCUCUUUCCUGCCUCCUAAAUUGCUCUUAAAACAGUUCAUUUGUUUCAUUCGUAUAGUACUUCUACCACUUUGGGAGAUUUUUUGUACAUGUUUUAUCCCUUAGAUUGAUUAUAACUCUUUUAGGUAAGAGUCAUAAUUUGAACUGUCUUUCUAGAGUACCUGGCAUGUAGUAAACGUGCAUGUAUUUGCACAGUAAAGAAUUUGCAUAGUAAGUAUGCAAAUAAAUAUGAUUGAGUGAAUGAUAACUGCUGAUGACUUCAAGUGAAAAGAUGGAAUUUCUCUAAUGAAAUCCAUUGACUUAAAAGUGAAAAGGUGGAAGUCUCUGGAAAUUGUUUUUUCUGGAUAGUUGGAAUUUUAGUGAUAAGAAGUAUUGUUUAAAGGUCUUGUAAUGUCUGGAAUUUUUCCUCUAAUGGCUGGAUGAUCACAUGUAGUAAAAAUAAGAUGAAGCUUAUUGGUGAUGAUUUGGUUUUAUCUUCUACUUGGACUUUAGUCCAUCACUAUUAUUAUCUGGACAUGAUCCUGAUUUAGUCUUUUCAACAGUCCUUUGCUUGGACUGUUGGAACUAAGACCAGUGGAACUAGGGGCGCCUGGCCGGUUCGGUAGAGCAUGCAACUCUUGAUCUUGGGGUUGUAAAUUUGAGCCCCAUAUUGGGUAUAGAGAUUACUUAAAAAUAAGAUCUUAAAAAAAAAAAACAAAAAAAACCAACAAACCAGUGGAACUAUUGUGAAUCCUAUUGAACACUGAUUCUCAACACAUGUUACCUUUUAAAAAAUUUUUGUCUCUUGUCUCUGAAGGCUAGAAUCCUUUUAGUAGUCCAUGCAGAUGAGCUAAUUAAUGGCUAUAUUCAAAAUAUUUUUAAAUAGAAUGUGAAAGUGGGAAAGCAAAGGAUCAUGCCAUUUAAAACAAUGCUAAAGCUUGGGACUCUGAUGCAUUUGUUCUUUUUUUUUCUUUUUUACAUAACAGCUUUGUUGAGAUGUAAUUCACAUUAUACAAUUCACUUAUUUGUAUUGUACAGUUCAGUGGUUUUUAAUAUAUUUAGAGUUGUGCAACUAUCACCACAUUUUAUCUCCAGAAAGAAACCCUGUACCCAUUAGCAUCAUUCCUCAUUUACCCCCUAGGCCCACAGGUCCAGGCCACCACUAAUCUACUUUCUGUCUAUGAAUUUACCUAUUUUGGAUAUUUCAUAUAAAUGGAAUCAUACAGUAUGUGGUCUUUGUGACUGAUUUUCAGUGUUUAUGUUAUAGCAUGGAUCAGUACUUAAUUUCUUUUCAUGGUCAAAUAAUAUUCCAUUCAUAGAUGUAUUUAUCCACCGGUUAUCCACAUUAUACUUAUCUCCUACUUGAUGGACAUUGGAUUUCUUCUAUUUGACUAGUAUGAAUAAUGCUGCUAUAAACAUUUACUUACAA